CAAUAGACUCUAUUAUCGGUGGAGAAUAGCCUCGAGCCGAAUCCGUGAUCUGUAGCCUCCAAAAUCGAAAGAAAAUGGCAUUUCGGAAAAAUCGCCCGAAAUUUGUGAUGAUACCCCUUUGGAGUCUGCCAAAAAUGGACACGGAAGAAAUCCGCCCAAAUUGGCCCUAGAUGGACUUAAUCGUCGUUGCAGAAUAGCCUCAGGCCGAAUCCACCAUCUUUAUCCUUCAAAAUCCAAGGAAAAUGGACUUUCAAAAAAAAUUGCUCAAAUAAUUACGAAAAUGCCAUCCCAAAAUAUAUUGGCCCAAUUCGGUGCUUAAUUGACUUAAACUUUUGCGCAGAAUAGGAUCAAUAGACUCUAUUAUCGGUGGCGAAUAGCCUCGAGCCAAAUCCGAGAUCUAUAGCCUCCAAAAUCGAAAGAAAAUGGCAUUUCGGAAAAAUCGCCCGAAAUCUGUGAUGGUGCCCCUUUGGAGUGUGCCAAAAAUGGAGCCGGAAAAAAUCCGCCCAAAUUGGUCCUGGGUGGACUUAAGCGUCGUUGAAGAAUAGCCUCAGACCGAAUCCACCAUCUUUAUCCUUCAAAAUCCAAGGAAAAUGGCAUUUCGAAAAAAAAUUGCUCAAAUAAUUAUGAAAAUGUCAUCCAAAAUAUAUUGGCCCAAUUCCGUGCUUAAUUGACAUAAUCAUCGGCGCAGAAUAGGAUCAAUAGACUUUAUUAUCGGUGGAGAAUAGCCUCGAGCCGAAUCCGUAUUCUAUAGCCUCCAAAAUCGAAAGAAAAUGGCAUUUCGGGAAAAUCGCCCGAAAUCUGUGAUGGUACCCCUUUGGAGUCUGCCAAAAAUGGACCCGGAAGAAAUCCGCCCAAAUUGGCCCUAGAUGGACUUAAUCGUCGUUGAAGAAUAGCCUCAGGCCGAAUCCAGCAUCUUUAUCCUUCAAAAUGCAAGGAAAAUUGCCUUUCGAAAAAAAUUGCUCUAAUAAUUACAAAAAUGCCAUCCCAAAAUAUAUUGGCCCAAUUCGGUGUUUAAUUAACUUAAUCAUCGGCGCAGAAUAGGAUCAAUAGACUUUAUUAUUGGUGGAGAAUAGCCUCGAGCCGAAUCCGUGAUCUGUAGCCUCCAAAAUCGAAAGAAAAUGGCAUUUCGGAAAAAUCGACCGAAAUCUGUGAUGGUACCCCUUUGGGGUCUGCCAAAAAUGGGCUCGGAAGAAAUCCGCCCAAAUUGGCAUUGGAUGGUCUUAAUCGUCGUUGAAGAAUAGCCUCAGGCCGAUUCCACCAUCUUUAUCCUUCAAAAUCCAAGGAAAAUGGCCUUUCGAAAAAAAUUGCUCAAAUAAUUACUAAAAUGCCAUCCCAAAAUAUAUUUGCCCAAUUCGGUGCUUAAUUGACUUAAUCAUCGGCGCAGAAUAGGAUCAAUAGACUUUUUUAUCGGUGGAGAAUAGCCUGGAGCCGAAUCCGUGAUCUGUAGCCUCCAAAAUCGAAAGAAAAUGGCAUUUCGGAAAAAUCGCCCGAAAUCCGUGAUCAUGAUCAGGAAUGUCCUGUCGUAGUCGACCAUACCUUCCCACAUCCCAAACUGAGCUUUGAAGAGGCGGGCAUGAGUGAGGAGAUGCAAGAAAAUCUCAUGAAAGAAAUUGCUUGGCAAUUUGCUCUCCAUUCCGUGCUAGAAGAAGAAGAGCGAGAAAGGGUGCAGAAAGAAGUUGUGGAGGAUGAUGAAAGUGAAGCAGAAGGAGUUCUUGAUAAUUUCCCAGGGGUGAUACCACAUGAAGAAGGAAGGGACGUUGAAGAAGCAAUUGGCGUCCAGGCCGAGGACGAAGUUGAGGUGGAAGAGGCUUGCACCGGCUGUGAUUUACAUGUGAUAUCUCCACCAAACUUCGAGGAAUUGCUUAGCAAGGACCCAUUUGCAGUGUCUCUUUGCCAGACCAUGGCCACAUCGACAUCGGUCCCUCUUUGUGGACGCGAUGGUGGUAAAUCGAUGCUGUCAUAUCUAGUUUGGGGCAAUGAGACGAGAGGAGAGAAGAAGAGGUCUCGAGGGUGGAGAAUUCAUCUGCAUCAAGCGCACAAGCUUCCAUCACCUGUCAUACCACAUGCUCGUGACUUGAGACUCCACCUCAUUGACGAGAACCUCAACUUCAAGGAGGUUUUGUGGUGGACCGAAACUUAGGAGGUAUCGUCCGGCUCACGACGUGAAAGAAGCGCUUGUUGGGAGGCAACCCAACCAGUCGGUUUGCAUUUCUUUCUCUUUUUCUCCUCGGCUGAGUCAGUUUUUUUGUUCUUUGAUUUUAGAGUCAAUAACUCAACCUUUGUGAGAUUUUGUGUGGUGUUUUUGUUCCGACUACUCUCUCUUCCUGGAAUGCACCGCCUGUCCCGUCCACCAUCAUUCACCCUUGAUCUGGUAACUUCGUUCUACCCUCCUUAUCUUUCCUCCAUUGAGGACAAUGUCGUGCUUAAGUGUGGGGGGGGGGGAGUUCGAUUAUGUAUGCGGGUGAAUGUUUGGCUGUUUGUGUGCUUGGAGCCUAGUCCACUGUCCAAAUUUUUAAAUUUGAGGGCUCCAUGUACGUGUUUCCUUGCAAAUUGCCUGCUCAGUAUGCUUUGAAUUGACAGUCUCUGUAGUAAUAUGCAACCUAGGGAGGUAGUGUAGCACUAUGGAGGGUGUUGAAGUAUAAGAUUUUCCCUAUCUAGCUCUCUGCUGUGUCAGUUGAUUUUGUGAAUUAGUGGAGCUAAGACCGUUGAAUUCAUGUGGUAAUGGUGACUCUGUUUGGAUUGUGUUAUGGACUCGUGUAUCGAACAGGGUGCUCAUGUGAGAAAUGAAAAGCAGUUGGUCCUCCAUGUCGAAAUCAUUGAAAUCUUAAACAUGGGGUAAGCCCAACGUGUGUGGCACCGUUCAUUGCACAAAAUCGGGUUUUGGAAGAGAUUUUAGUGAUCCUUAGUGGGGUACUCCUACAAGGUGAAGCUAAGCUGUCUCUAGUACAAGUAAAAUUUUCACCCGUUGAACGGUUUGCCUACUCGAGGAUGUGUUUUUAAGGGCACGGAUAGAGCUUCCGACCCCCCUUAAUUUCAUUGACCCUCCACACAAGUUGAGGAAAAGGAAUUAAAAGAAGUACUCUGGCGAGCGCCAGAUGUACAGAAAUUGCUCUUGCUCGACUAAUAAGGGUCGACCGUGCAAAAGACUGCAGUUGGAACCCCCGCCAAGUGAAUAAAAAAGAAAAAAAUAAGUAAAAUGAGAGUGAAAAAGGGGUUCCGACAGUGAAAUGAAGUGAAAGAGCACCCCGGUACAACGAGUCCUUGGUUAUGAAUGGUGUGAGUCCCUUUAUCCAUGAACUGACUGUCUUACUUCUACUUCUUCUCAUGAUCCUGGCUUGAGUCUAGUACUCGCAUUGAGAGAGAUAGGGAACGUCUUAGAAGACCAGUUGACCUCAUAAGCUGCUAUAUGAUCUAGAAAAUCCUCUACCGAAGAUCGGGGUUGUAUGUUGCUAUAGAGGUCUGGAGAGAUGCAUUGGUUUGAGUUAGGUUUUCUUGGGGACAAGCAAACGGUUAAGUGUGGGGGGAUUUGAUGACUCGAUAUUUGCACAUGUUUUCCCCUUUGUUUCUUGAUCGUUUGAGCUUUAAUUAUCGCGUCUUUGGCCUAUUUUAUGCUAGGUUGUGUUCCUUUGUUACAUUUCAGGUCCUAGCACAUAAAGUGAAGCAUAGGCGCAAGUUUCAAGUCAAUCAGAGAUCAAUUGGCGAUUUGGGAGAAGAAACUCGGGCAUGACCUAAAGAAGAAUGGAUUUCUACCUCACUUUAUGGACAAAGAAUCAUUCAAGUUUGUCAUGAAAAGAAAGAGGACGAGACUACGAGCGUCUGGGAUCAAACGGCGACUGAUUCGGAGUCCGGACGAGAGAGAAACAAAGCAUUGAAUAUAGGGGAACAGGUUCGGCAGUAGAAACACGGGCGCGCCUAAAUCAAAACACGACCGUGCCCAUAUUUAGGCACGACCGUGUUUUGGCCAACGCGCGCGGGCGUGUUUUUAACACGGGGCAAAACACGGGCGGGCAAAAGCAAAACACGGCCGUGUCCUCGACGGUGUUUUGCCCAGAAUCGGGUUUUUUAGGCAGAUUGAAGCCAAAGGAAAGGGGGAGCUGGGUUUUGGAUCCCAAACACCCAAGGGAUGAACUCUAGAGAGAGAGAGCGACUUGGGAACAUUCUUGGAGCUAUUUUGGAGGAUUUCUUUGCCAUUGGAGAUCGGGAAUCAAGCUUGGAGAUGGAGAUUGAAGAUCUAGAUCAGAUUUCUGCAGUCUCUCUCUUCUCUAUAGGGUAACUUCUUUUCACUUAGGUUUUGAGGAAACCUAGUUCCAUGUGUUAGGAUCUUUCUUGUAUGAAGUUUUGGAUGUUAUAUUGUUUGAUUAUAAUCGAUUGAGGCAUGAUUUAUUGAGUCAAUUGAAUCUUGAUCAAAUUCCCUUAAUUUCUGCUUUAACCUAUGAUAGAUAGAAUCUGAUUAGGUUAAGAGAGCUUCCUUGAUUGAUAGUGGUGAAUUGGUUGUGCAAGAGUCAAUCAAUUCACUGCUUUGUACUGGAAUUCAUUCCAGUAAUGGAGAUCUGUGUGAAUCGACUUAGCAGUCUAUCCCGGUGAAGGCUAGUCGCCUGCCGGGUAUUCUGUCUAAGAGGGCUUGGUCAGCUUAAGAGAUUCCAAGCUAAUUUAGGAUCUUCCGCAGUUUAAUCAAUAGUAGAUCAACCAAAGGUAAUUGCAACUUGGACCUAAUUGAGGAGCUAGGGGGAAUCAUACCUAAGUGAGUUCCCAACCUGUAAUUAGAUUAACUUUAACUGUAGUUUGCUAGAGUAGUUUUAGUUCUUUCAUCUUAAUCUGGUUUGCUAGAUAAUGAACUGAAGCUGAGUAAUAGUAACUCUAGAGACUCGUGGAUUUGAUAUUUAUUACUUGAGCCACUAUACUGCAGUCCCUUUCAUUGGUUACACUUGGUCUUUGUUAGGAGUUGUGUCGUAGCGAGUCAUACCCCUUUGGAGUCUGCCAAAAAUGGACCCGGAAGAAAUCCGCCAAAUUGGCCCUGGAUGGACUUAAUCGUCGUUGAAGAAUAGCCUCAGGACGAAUCCACCAUCUUUAACCUUCAAAAUCCAAGGAAAAUGGCCUUUCGAAAAAAAUUGCUCAAAUAAUUACGAAAAUGCCAUCCCAAAAUAUAUUGGCCUAAUUCGGUGCUUAAUUGACUUAAUCAUCGGCGCAGAAUAGGAUCAAUAGAAUUUUUUAUCGGUGGAGAAUAGCCUGGAUCCGAAUCCGUAAUCUGUAGCCUCCAAAAUCGAAAGAAAAUGGAAUUUCGGGAAAAAUCGCCCGAAAUCUGUGAUGGUAGUACCCCUUUGGAGUCUGCCAAAAAUGGACCCGGAAGAAAUCCGCCCAAAUUGGCCCUGGAUGGACUUAAUCGUCGUUGAAGAAUAGCCUCAGGCCGAAUCCACCAUCUUUAUCCUUCAAAAUCCAAGGAAAAUGGCCUUACGAAAAAAAUUGCUCAAAUAAUUACGAAAAUGCCAUCCCAAAAUAUAUUGGCCCAAUUCGCUCCUUAAUUUACUUAAUCAUCGGUGCAGAAUAGGAUCAAUAGACUUUAUUAUCGGUGGAGAAUAGCCUCGAGCCGAAUUCGUAUUCUGUAACCUCCAAAAUCGAAAGAAAAUGGCAUUUCGGAAAAAUCGCCCGAAAUUUGUGAUGGUACCCCUUUGGAGUCUGCCAAAAAUGGACCUGGAAGAAAUCAGCCCUAAUUGGCCAUGGAUGAACUUAAUCGUCGUUGAAGAAUAGCCUCAGGCCGAAUCCACCAUCUUUAUCCUUCAAAAUCGAAGGAAAAUGGCCUUACGAAAAAAAUUGCUCAAAUAAUUACGAAAAUGCCAUCCCAAAAUAUAUUGGCCCAAUUCGGUGCUUAAUUGACUUAAUCAUUGGCGCAGAAUAGGAUCAAUAGACUUUAUUAUCGGUAAAGAAUAGCCGCGAGACGAAUCCGUGAUCUGUAGCCUCCAAAAUCGAAAAAAUGGCAUUUCGGAAAAAUCGCCCAAAAUCUGUCCCUUUGGGGUCUGCCAAAAAUGGACCAGGAAGAAAUCCACCCAAAUUGACCCUGGAUGGACUUAAUCGUCGUUGAAGAAUAGCCUCAGGCCGAAUCCACCAUCUUUAUCCUUCAAAAUCCAAGGAAAAUUGUCUUUCGAAAAAAAUUGCACAAUUAGUUACGAAAAUGCCAUCUCAAAAUAUAUUGGACCAAUUCGG